CUCUGGAUCACGACUGCAAAGGGAGCAGCAAGCCCAUCUCCAAGGCAGGAUAUGCAGCUCUGAUGAGAGAAUCUCAUCCCACCUUGAAGUUCCCGGGAGCAACUGGAGUGCCAUCUAAUGGGAAUCGUCAGCACAACAGAACAGCAUUUUAGAAUGCCGAAAAUGAUUGUGGAAAAAAAAGAAAAGAAGGGAGAAAAAAGAAAAAAGCUGAAGCAACAUGUGGCCCAAAAGGACAAGCUGGAAUUGGAAACUGAACCAAAGAAGAAGCAAAAGCUGCAGGCUACAAAAGAAGAAGAAGAGCUUAUUGCAGAGGAAGAGGAAGAACUUACUCCAGAGGAAAAGAGAAAACUGGAAAGAAAAUUAAAAAAAGAGCGCAAGAAGAAGGAGAAACAGCUGAUGAGGGAAGCUGGAAUCUCCAUUAAAAAGGUGGAGCCCAAAAAGCCAUCGGGAUCUGAGCGGGCUCUGGCCUAUUUAACCAGCUGGUCUAAAAACCCAGAAGAAUGGAAGUUUCAAAAGACAAGGCAGACGUGGCUUCUCCUGCACAUGUAUGAUAAAGAGAAGGUUCCAGACAAGUAUUUCACCAUUUUACUGGAUUAUCUGCAAGGGCUUCGGGGUAGUGCACGAGACAUAACUGUGCAGAAAGCUGAAGCUUUUAUGAAGGAAUUUGAUGGUUCUGAUGGAGAAGACCCAAACCUGCUGGAGAAGUGCGAGCGCAUCAGACAAGUUCUACAGCUGCUGUCCUGA